AAACAGUCUUAUCUGCACUUCCAGCUGUCACUAUAACACUAUACAAAACAUUAACGCGCAAUUCAGACUUUAACUGCAGCAACUGACUCCACAAGUUCAGACGAUCGACAUCGAUAAAAAGUCGCCGUAAACUUGCGGUUCAAGAAAACGUACUUGAAGAAACACGGGCGGAGGGCGGGAGGAAAGGGAAAGCCAGAGGGGUGUUUCCUCUCCAGCAGAGGAAGGAUUGAAGUAGUGAGAAAUAAUUCAUUAAACAGCGUGAAAUGUUGAAAUAUAUUGAAUUUUAGCUGACAGUCGCGAUGUCGACAUCAGUUUUACAGUAAAAGCCUGUCUAUGCUGGACUAGCAUCACUCUCCAACGGAUGGAGGAGAAUCCAGACAGCGACAGGUAUUAUGAGAGGACCGCUGAUGACCCCUCACCCUCGGGCCAGGGGACUAAAGAGCAAAGUGAGGAGUCCCCCCUGGGUGAUCACGACCUACCCAUCAUGCAAUGGGAAGAUUUAAGUUUGCGGAUUGCAGAGCUAGAAAGGCAGGAAGAGGAAAGAAGGAAAAAAGCAGAGAGUCUAGGUUUAUCAGAGCAAGACAGAAUACUUGGAUGCUGGACAGAAUCAAAACACCAUUCACUCCAUCGGGAGCCAUGGGCGGAUGAGAACAACUACAGUCCCUGCCGUGUCCCUGUCAUAACGUCACGGUUUAAUAGUCCUAAAAACCUUCAGCUGUGUUUCAUCAACAACAGUGAGAGUGAGGAGGAGGAGGAUGACGAAGGAGCAUCUAGCAAAGAGAGCUCAUGUGAGGCAGAGGUACGUGGGAGUUGCUCUCGGGGGCUAAAACAGGAAGUAAAAGCAGCACUCAGGACUCUCAGAGACAAGCUAUGGGCCGAACAGAAGGAGAAAGAGGAUAAAGUUACACAGGAUCACAUAAGGCAAGCCACCCACAGUAGCAUGAACAUAAGGAGAAAGAUUCUUAGCCUUAGUGAUCUGCAGACAUGCUCUUUACUGCAGCUGAAUGCGCUCAGGGCCUCACUGAACGAGGACAUUCAAGAUUUGAGCUCAGAACUGGUGAAACAUCUCGUAGUACGGGACCACCUUCGGACUAAGCAAGAUGCUUUGCUCCUGGAUGUACAGGAUAUGACAUCAUUAUGAAUGAUCUUUUUGUUUGGAACACUUUGUAACUGCAGUUUAACGUUGGCACUUUCUGAAAGCAGUAAUUUACUGUUACUCAUCCUGUGGACUAACAAAGGCCAGAAUAUCCUGUUUAUUCUUGAAGAAAUGUAGCCCUCACAGAAACUUUUGUUCAAAUGUGAGUCACAUUUAUUAUAGUCACAAGUUUUAUUGUGGGAAAAAGUGCCUUAUAACAAACUCUAAUGGCUCUGAUUCAUAUGUCACUUACAGUUUAAUUUUACUUCAAUAAAUAGAGAAUAUAUUGAACUGCUGUCAAAGCCAUAUGUGAUCAAUAACUGUGAUGUAUUAAUCAUCAGUUACUUUAAGCAUUCCAUUGAAAUACAGUAUAUGUAAUCGCCAUGAAAAUAUAAACGUGUGCAUUUUGCCGUCAUAUGAAUGUGCCUUAUAACUUUCCUGUGUAUCGAACUUAUACAUGAGAAUGAAGUAUAUCUCAGUGCUAAAUAUUCACAAUAAUUUAAUAAAUCAUUUAUUUUAUACACAGUCGUUGGGAAAAGCGGUUAUGCCAUACAUACUCUGCAUUAAAAGAUACUUAAGUUCCUUUUGUGGUUCCUUAUAGAUUAAAGUCAAAAUUAAUGUUGUGGUAUUUUUUCAAUUUAUUUUUAAUGAAAAAUAAAUAAUAAAG